GCAGCUUGCACACCAAAUUCCCGGGAGCAUUACGGGCAUCUUGCCCGGCUUAAUUCACGCGAAUGGGGUAUGCUCCAAAUCCAAAAGCAGUGAAAUCGGCUGGAUGGGAGGAUGACAUUGGCAGGAGAGAAGAAAUGGAGGACGGUUGGGUUUUCAUCGAUUGCUACGGUGAACAUCCCAGCAGCUGCUACUUCGCGAUUUACGAUGGUCAUGGUGGUCGGCAGUGCGUGGAAUAUGUUCAGGAGCACCUGCACAAGAACUUGCUGUUGGAGCUGGAGAAGGCACCCAGUAAUGUACCAGAAGCCAUGAUGCAAGCCUUCGAGCUCACGGAUGACAACAUGCAAUGCUCAGGCAUUAGCAGUUCCGGGUGCACCGCUUGCAGCUGUCUUUUGCGGCAGGAGAGUGCCUAUGCAGAGCGAGUCCUGUACACUGCCCACGUAGGUGAUGCCAGGGCUGUGCUGUGCAGACAGGGUUUAGCCGUGAGACUGACAGGGGAAUCUGACCACAAGGCCACUGAUCCAGAAGAAGCCAAACGAGUUGUCGAGGCUGGCGGAACAAUCUACAAUGAGAGAGUCAACGGAAUGUUGGCAAUUUCCAGGGCCUUUGGCGACUUUCAGCUGAAAGCGCCCACCUGGACAAAGGACAUUGUCUCAAACGUUCCGGAGAUUUCGGCCACAUUGCUGAUGGAAAAUGACUUGUUUGUGAUCACCGCCUGCGAUGGGCUCUGGGACGUUCUGGAGGAUCAGGAAGCAGUGAACCUGGUCAUCGAGGGCAUAGAACAGUUGGGCAUCCUUUGCGAAGAGAGUGCUGGCCAUCCAAUGCUGGGGCAGGUUGUGGCUCGAUUGCUCAUUGAGGAAGCCUUGGCCCGUGGAACGUCGGACAACGUGACCUGUGUCGUGGUGUUCCCAUAAGGCAUGCUGAUGAACCGUCCAAGCUGCGCUUCCCAUAGCCUCGCUGGAAAAAA